UUAUUUAUGGUCUAACGACAGAAUAUGUGUAAGACAGUGAUUAUGAUAGGAAAGUUUGUAAUAAUAGUAUGUAAUAUAAAUCAAAGUGCACUUCUGUUUUCAGUCUCCCCAAAAGUCCACCAUGAUUUACGACGAAACUUCCCCAGCGUUGUCUCCGAGCACGAAGCGCCAGCCUAUGACGUACUUUCUGUAUCCCGGACUAGACUCAGGCGACCUGAAGAAAUUCCUCUCGAAAAACAAGGCCUCCAAUGCAUGCAUGAGGAAAGCGCUUCACGACCUCAACGUGAAUGCACCAUGCACCCUCCUGCCCGCUGCUGACGUCGUGACGCCAGACGACAUUGAUGACGAGGUCUUCCUAACAAACAACGACUUUGAAGUCGUAACAGAAAAGAUCACGUCGCUUCAGCUCGAAGAAUACUGUUCAGGUGAUCGUGACGCCUUUGAUGGCCUUGACCCCAUUACGACCGACCUUGACGACAUCAGCCUGGAUGGAAGCAGAUGUAAUGGAUAUGAAAGUCAGACUUUCAGUCAACUCACCUUGCCUAACUGCGAUACGAUGUCUGGGGAGGAAAAGUGCAAAUGGUCGUCUUCUUUAGCGUCAGUUCCCGGUCGCCCAAAGAAGCAUCAUUUCAAGAAGUUUCAAAGGUUCUUCAAACGGAUCCGGUGUUUCUUCAAGUCAGGACGAGUGCCUUCCCAAGUGAGAACCAGUGACCCACUACAAGUGUGCAACAAAUGUGGGAAGAUAGCAGAUGUCAAGGUCCAUAUGUGUUAGAGCAGCUGCAGUAAUGGCAGUUGAUUAAUUCACCAGUGCUACUGUACCGUUAUCAGUGCUGUAUAAUCCAUUCAUCAUGAACCGUCAUCUAUGCUUCAAUGAUCCAUUCAUCAUGAACUGUCAUCUAUGCUUUAAUGUUCCAUGAAACGUCAUCUAUGCUUUAAUGUUCCCUUCAUCAUGAGCUGUAAUCUAUGCUUUAAUGUUCCAUGAAACGUCAUCUAUGCUUUAAUGUUCCAUUCAUCAUGAGCUGUAACCUAUGCUUUAAUGUUCCAUGAAACGUCAUCUAUGCUUUAAUGUUCCCUUCAUCAUGAGCUGUAAUCUAUGCUUUAAUGUUCCAUGAAACGUCAUCUAUGCUUUAAUGUUCCAUUCAUCAUGAGCUGUAAUCUAUGCUUUAAUGUUCCAUUCAUCAUGAACCGUCAUCUAUACUGUAGCGAUCCAUGAUGAACCGUCAUCUAUGCUACUGUCAUUUGUUCAAUGUUCCACUGUCAUUUGCCCGGUAAUGUUCCAUUCCAUC